UUCAGAAAACAUUUGACUUUUAACAAACAAAUAACAGCUUUAAGUAAGAAUUAGUGGAUUUUAAAUAAUAAUUUCCACAUACUAAGCUUUUUAUCAAGUUCCUCUGAAACAAAACCCAACAAAUGGACCAAUCAGACUCCGCCACAUGGAGGUGGAUACCUAUCAGCAACCCAUAUCUACUGUACUGACCCUCAUUUCACCAAAGGACCUCAAUCUUUCUGGAUACGGUGAGGUCUCCCAUCCUAACCGCAGUAUGUGGCUCACACUGUUGGCCCUUCUGACUCUGUGUGCCACGGGAAGAAGCACUGAAAAUGUCUCAGAAAGCAGCCCUGAGAAAGAACAGCUUGUUAUAGCCAGAGGAAAACUUAUGGCUCCUAGUGUAGUGGGAUGAUCCAUAAAGAAGAUGCCAGAGCUCUACAAUUUCCUGAUGGAGCGAUGGGCAUUGUAUCACAACCUGGAGUUCGAUUCAGGAGACGAUAAAACCCGCCUGAUCUUCUACAACGAGAAGGACGAGGAAGUGAAGGUUGUUCCUGUGAAGAAGAUGAAGGCAGAUGAGAUCAGCAGUUUGUUGGAUUCACUGGGUUUCUAUAAAAGGUCACAGUAAGGCGAGGAGGUCCCUGAGGAGGUCAAACAUUUCCCUUUAAAGGCGCCUCGGGUCGAACUGUGACCCCCGCUGGUCAGCGCCGGAACUGCAGCCCGCCGCCAAUGACGCGCAGAGUCUCAACGCUCAGAAACACGACUCUGCACCGACACACAGAUGGCUGGAGGCAGUCUGGCUCCUAAUCACACAGAUUUUACAAUAAACUUCUUACAUCUUUG